AUGGGCUCUGUUGGCGUUGAGGCGCCGCCUUUCAAGGUUCUCGGCGACACUCGACCUGAUGAUUUCUCUCUCCCUGCAUUCAUGGUCUCAACGACCCGAGGGUUCCUUCCGAGGGCGGACCCUAUCAGAAAGUUGCCUGAGGAAUUCGAUGUCUUUGAAGACAUCCUUCAGCGCAUGCCUGUUAAGACUCUCUCGGGCGAGCCUGGUCUGUUGGCACAGUAUAAGUUGGGGGAGACCGUCGACAAAGAGUUGCCAAAUCUCACAGAUGCUGUGAAGAAGUACAAGGACAACCUGCCGCUUCAGAACGCUUUGUACAGAGACUACUCCUUCCUGGCCUCCGCCUACCUGCUUGAGCCAUGUCAUCACAAGUUCAUCAAAGGAGAGCCCUACGGUCUUGGGCGGGACUUUUUGCCAGCCAACAUCGCACAGCCGAUUGCAGAGUGUGCCGCCAUCUGUGGUUUCAAGCCGUUCAUGGAGUAUGCCGGCUCUUAUGCCCUAUACAACUACUACCUUGCCGAUCAGUCAAAGGGCAUGGAAUACUCCAACCUGCGACUUAUUCGCGCUUUUGAGCACGGUCUAGACCCCACUUCUUCUGAGGCGGGCUUCGUCCUUGUGCAUAUUGACAUGGUGAAAAACACCGGACCACUCAUCAAUGGCACGAUGAAGGCCUUCGAUGCCACUUCUGAGCCUGCUUCCGACUCCAUCGAGCGCCGGACCAGGUUCAACGAGGGAAUGGGCCUUAUGUUGAGCGCACUGCAGAAGAUCAACAGAACCAUGGAAACUAUGUGGGACAAGUCCCGCCCUACAGAGUACACCAGCUUCCGGACUUUCAUCUUCGGCAUCACUUCCCAAAGCAUGUUUCCCAACGGCGUCGUCUACGAGGGCCUGAACGACGGCAAGCCUUUGUCUUUCCGCGGCGAGAGCGGGGCAAACGACUCCAUCGUUCCGUUGAUGGAUAACUUCCUCCAGGUUCCCAUGCCUGUCACUCCCCUCACUGAGAUCUUGAAGGAUUUCCGCGAGUAUAGGCCGACUAACCACCGAGGCUUCCUGCAAUGGGCAAAGGGUUGUUCUUUGGAGCUCGAUCUGAAGACCUAUGCCCUGGCCGUCUAUGCAAAACCCACGAAUGUUGAGGAGGAGAAUCUAGUUAACGAGUCACGGAGCUAUUGGAUUCAGUUGCUGAACCAGGUGCGAGAAUUCCGCUGGAGGCAUUGGUGUUUUGCUAGGGAGUAUAUCCUCAAGCGUACUUCGCACCCUACCGCUACUGGAGGUAGUCCGAUCGUCACCUGGCUGCCCAAUCAGCUCGAGGCCGUUCUGAAGGAAAUGGUUACGAUUUAUGACUCUGUCAAGGGCGAGAAUGGAGUAGACAGUACAUGCACGGAUAUCAUGGAUGCAGCUAUAAGACAACGGGACACAUUGCGCAAGGAGGUUGAUAAGUACUGCGCUGAGAGGGGUGUGACCCGUCCUUGA